GUUCAGUCAGAUAACUGGAAUGUUUAGCGCGAUAUAGACGUUUAGCUCUGCAGGGAUUGGUUUUGGGGUUCUGCGAGGCCGUGGAAAAGAGUUUUUGGUAAGUUUUAGUACUGCGAAAAUCGAAUCCAGCGCGAUCCGGGACCAGUGUCGUGUCAGCAGCUGUGUUAAUAAAGUGACGAAAGCAAUUUUUAAGAUGAAAACCACCGAAAAUCUAUGAGCUUCCUCCCAUAGAGUACUGCUGCUUGUGAUGGUGGUGCGGUAAAUGUUAGCCGUAUAUCUGGUUCUUGCUCAUCGUGGUGCAAAAAAAUAAAGGUGCAAGUGCUGUGAAGUGGAAAGCGCUGGCACAGUGCUAAACGAAAAAGUAAAUAAAACAGGGUAAUAGCUGUAAAUUUUGAGUGUUUUGUGUCACAACUAGCUGGUGCUGGAAAUUACAUUUUCCUCCUAGUACGGGAACCAGGAGCUAUGCUGAGCAAAGUAGAAAACUUCCAUAUGGUAGCUUCGGCGCUAGUCCUAACUGUUGCGCUGCUAUCAAGGUUGGCCAAUGGCCUGGUGGAUACCAGCAGCAGCAGCAGUGGUAGCGAUGCCGUUUAUUCGGUGGGGCGGUUUCCGUUCCUGAUGCCUAAGGUGAUACCGCACAGGCCGGAACUGUACCUCUGCACGCCCGUCAAGGUGGACUACAGCAAAAGUUAUUACAUAGUUGGUUUUGAGCCAAACGCUACGAUGGCCACGGCACAUCACAUGUUACUGUACGGAUGUGGAGAUCCUGGCUCUGAGUCCGCUGUGUGGAACUGCGGCGAGAUGGUGAAAAACGACGACGUCAAGGAGGAAACGGGCAGUCCGUGUGCCACCGGUUCGCCCUCGCAAAUUAUCUACGCUUGGGCCCGUGACGCGCCGAAGCUCGAGCUGCCGGACGGUGUGGGCUUCAAGGUUGGCAAGGAUUCACCCAUCAAGUACAUCGUGCUGCAGGUUCACUAUGCUCAUAUCGACAGAUUCAAAGAUGGUACAACCACUGACGAUUCUGGAAUUUUCUUACAUUACACGUUGAAACCGAUGCACAAACAGGCGGGCGUUCUGUUGCUCGGUACCGGUGGCUCCAUUCCGCCGAUGAAGACCGAGCACAUGGAAACGGUGUGUGACAUCCGUGAGAAUAAAACCAUCUAUCCGUUCGCAUACCGGACGCAUACGCACAGUUUGGGCAAAGUCGUGUCUGGCUAUCGUAUCCGGGUCGACGAUGACGGUCAGGACCAUUGGACUCUGCUGGGAAAACGUGAUCCACUGACACCGCAGAUGUUCUAUCCAGUAGAGAAUAGGGAACCGAUCCGAUACAAGGACCGUAUGGCCGCUCGUUGUACGAUGGAGAGCCAUAAGGAAACCAUCACAAACGUUGGGGCCACCAACAAUGACGAAAUGUGUAACUUCUAUCUGAUGUACUACGUCGAGAACAGUGAACCCCUGCAGAUGAAAUACUGCUUCAGCAAUGGACCCCCUUACUUCUACUGGCGCAACAAAGAAGCCGAGCUCAACAACAUUCCCGAUUACGAGGCCAGCCAUCUGUAAAAUGGAACUCCGAUUAAAAGGGUGAAAAAAAUCAUCACAAAAUGACGAUCGUGUGUCCUUACUACCAGCAGCUAAAUCUAUACUAUUGUCUAUAACACGUUCAAUUUUAAUCCUACUCUUACGACAAAAAAUCAAUCUUUCGAACCAUAUCAGCUAAAAGGUUUUAAAAAAACAACAGCUCGAAUGUCUUAACGCAAGGAAUCUGAAAAUUUUAAAUAACAUAAAAAUUUAUUAGCCUAGUCACGAAGCACUGCUACUGACGGAAUGGGAAUAUUUUUCCCGCCGAAGGACCUUUUCUUUCUACUUAAGCUCAAUAAUUUUUAGUUGUCCGACAGAAAAAAGCAACCGAUAAAACUAGAACCGAUGGUACAACUAGGAUAUAUUGUAAGCUGUGAAAUGAUAGUUAUCGUGUUGACGUUUGGAUUCACGGGAAGGCCCCUAUAGAAUGUUGCAACCUUUAAUAUAUUUAUCUGAAUCGUUUAGAAUUUACGAUUGUUUCGACUUAAUAAAUCAACAGUGCUGUGAAAUAGAAAGACGUUGUCAGGAAUUGUUACGUACUUACUGUGGAAAUUUUCGUUACCCUCAAAGCAAAACCAACAUUCCUGCUCCUCUGCCUCUAAGUCUGUAAAUAUCUCAUGCAAAUUCUAUCAUGACAGGUUCAAUUAUGUAGACGAGAUUUUAUGAUCCGGCCAGCCGGUAGAAAAUAGAACCGUUGUAUUCGAUUGUAGGAUACACGAGAUCAAGCAAAUUUAAUAAUGGGAACAUAGAAAUUCACCUUCGAACCUCUAGAGCAAUCAGACGGUGCUCCCAUAGCCUGGAAGACUGUCUGACGAAAGCUAGAGACGAAAGGAAACAUCACAAAAAAUUCAAUGAUAGAUUAAAAGCUAUAGUAGAAUGCAUCCUAUUUGCAGUGCGUGGCAUAAUUCCAAACUAAUGACUCCACCACGCAGUAGAAAAUUUAUAUGAGAAUAAUAAUAGCUAAAUGCAGGGGUUCCCACACUCCUCUGUCUAAAAUGAUUGUAACAUAAUUGACUGUUGUGCUAAGCAAAGAGAGACAUACAAAAUUAAGGAUAGAAAGAAAACGCAAAGGAACACAUCUAGCAUCGAGAGAUGGAUGAUACUAAUAGCGAAUGCUAUAGUUUUAAGCCGACGCAGUUGAAAACUCGCAUCGGAUCACACUUUAGUAUUUGUCGCGUAAAGGAUGUGUGUAGUUCAGCGCAAACAUAUUAUAUUAUAUACAUACAGAAACUCAUGAAUACCAUAUAUAUAUAUGAAAGCACAAUAAAAGAACUAGUA